GUACCUAUUCUAAUAAACGACAAAUACAUACACAUACAUAAAGGAGGAAAACAGGAAAUGUGAAUGCGAUUGCGAAAUGUGAGAUAAACUGACAAGUGACAAACAUGCCUAACCUAAAAGUUUAUUUACAUAGUUUUUCUGUCGUUUCAAUCGUUUUAGUCGUAGUAAACUGAGAACCGAUAUGGCCGGAAAAUUGGAGAUCCAGUGGUCUCCAAUUUCUAACAAGUUUAUCACGUGGGGUUCAGAAAUAUGUUUAUAUGAAGUACAACCAACUAGGGAAACUUCUGCCCAUGUAUUUAGUAUAUCCAAUACACACUGUGCCCAGCUUUUAGCUACAAACACAAAUCAUCGUUAUGUUCGUAGUGUUGACAUCUAUCCAAAAUCAGAAACAGAUCUUUUGUUAGCCAUAGGGCUUACCAAUGGAAGAGUGGCAUUAUCCACAUUCGGCCCUUCAGAAUAUGAUUCACGAGGUUUUCCAGGAAAGGAGCUAGUCCCUAAACAUCCGAGACAGUGCAAUGUGGUGUUAUUCAACCGAAAUGAUUUUCAGUUGAUAGCUACUGGGUUGGACAAAUUCAGAUCUGACAGUUCCGUCCUCAUAUGGGACAUAAAUAAAUUUUCUAAUACUGACAGUAGCAAUAGCGGCCGACUAGCGGUAAAUACUAUGGCACCUGCAGUAGAGCUUGUGAAACCAGUGGCUGAGUUCGGGAUGUCUGAACUCGCCAAUAGUUUGGCAUGGUUUCAUUGCGCCAGUAGACUUCUAGCUUGUGGCAUGAAUAUGAAAAAUAUAAAAAUAUACGAUAUGAGAGAUCCUAAUAAGAUGAUAAAUUCCACACUCACCAAAGCUGUGUAUGGGAUAUCCACAAACCCUCACGAGGACAAGCAUUUGGCCUCUUUCUUUGAUAACAUGAUAUAUUUGUGGGACUUGCGAAAUUUUGAAAAACCAAUACAAACUUUAUCACAUGUUAAACAGUUGUUGAAAAUAGAAUGGUGUCCAACACGGUCUAGUGUAUUGGCAUCAUUACAAAAAGAUAGUUCCGUAAUUAAUUUGUAUGACAUUCAACAUACAAUUGUCGGUAAUGAAGAGGUGGAACCAACUGUAAUGGAAAGGGUCGUUGUUCCUGGAUCUCCGCACAACAUAACCUCAUUUUCAUGGCAUAGUAACGAUGAGAACAGACUAUUAACGAUCGCUGUGUCAGGUUUGGAUUCAGUAAUAUGUUGCAUUUUGGAAUAAGCUUCCUGUUUUUUAGGUACAAUAAAAGAUUACACGGUUUUCGAUAGAAGUACGGUUAAUUGGACACCAACUUCUAAUAUCAUUUGGUCAAAAGGCAGGAAAACGUUGAGGUGCAUUAACGACUCCUUUCUCUAUGACGUCUCUACUAGAAUGAAGGAGGGGGCCAAAACACGUUAUGGAUUACAGGAGGAUUUUUAUAAAAAUGCUAAAUUGGUGAACAAUAAUGAGGUGUUGUCAAAUGUAUGGAACUGGUUACAUUUGAGUGCAAAGUUGGUGGAUGAUGGCAUCAUCAGAGGAAUGUCUUGUAGACAUCCGGGUGUUACCUCUAUUAUAUCCAAAAUGGAUUUAAAUACUACUAAAUCUGAAACUGUCAUCGUUACUUGGGCAGAACUUGGAAAUCCAAAUUGCCAAGGCUCCGCUAAAUAUUACAGGCACGAAGAAAGAGACAAAAUCUUACACCUAUGCAGUUGGCCCUUAGACAGAGACAUAACGUCCUUAUCAAAAUUCCUGGAACAGUUAGAGAAAGAAGGGGCAUAUACGAGAGCAGCCGCAAUAGCCGUUUUUAACUUGAGAGUACAACUUGCCAUCGAUUUGUUAAGUCGUGCGCCGGACAGCACGGAAUACGGAUCCAGUUUGAACGUUGUUGCAAUGGCAUUAGCGGGAUUUUCAGACGAUGCUGGUAGCGUUUGGAAGCAAUUCUGCUCCACUUCUAAGAGUAAAUUAACAGAUCCCUACUUAAAGGCUAUGUUUGGGUUCCUGACUGCCGAGAAUUAUAACUACGAUACCGUUUUGACCGAAGCUGGUGUUGCUGUUGACGAUCGUGUGGCUUUUGCUUGCAUGUUUUUACCUGACGGUAAACUGUUAGAAUAUCUAAGGUGGCUGUCGGACAAACUUUGCGAUGACGGAAAUUUGGACGGUUUACUGUUGACAGGAAAUAGUAACGAUGGAUUAAGGCUAUUACAGAAAUACCUGGAUGCGACUGGUGACAUACAGUCGACUGCUUUGAUUGCACUUCGUGGUUUUCAUGCAGAUCUUGGCACCCAAAUUGUAAAGGACUGGAUAGAAAAUUAUAGGCAUCUAUUGGAUACCUGGAAGUUAUUCUACGAGAGAGCCGAUUUCGACAUCAUGUUGGCUCAGUUCAAACCCAAUGAAAAGCCUCCGCGACAGGUUUACAUUUCCUGCAGCUUUUGCGGGAAGAGCAUAUCGGCUUAUAUGGCCGCCCUGAAUCGGGGCAGGGGGCAGUUCCAGAGGAUGACCGGCACCGCUAACAAGUUAUCUUCAUGUCCCAAUUGUCGUAAACCAUUGCCGAGAUGUUCGAUUUGCCUGAUGCACAUGGGGACUACCACAAUGGGAGAAAUGGACACUUCCAAGUCUGUGUCGUUCGAUAACUGGUUUACCUGGUGUCAGAGUUGUAGGCACGGUGGUCACUCUGGUCACAUGACGCAGUGGUUCAAGGAGCACCAGGAAUGUCCUGUUACAGGCUGCAAUUGCAGGUGUUUUGCCAUAGACGCUGUUGCCUCAAAAUCUUCGUGAUAGUUUUUUUACUUUUUAUAUACUUUGAACUGAAUAUUUUAUAUAUAUUAUAUAUAGGUAUA